UGAGCUGAGCUGACCUGCGGCGGGUGAUGCAUGUUUACGGUUCUGACCGCCACUGGAGAACUCGCAGGAGCGAACCUUUAUAUCGACGCCAUUCUGCACAAUGUCACCAGCGUGCUGAAAAACGAUGGAGAGGAGUUCCUCUCAAUUCCCGACCACUCGAUUGGAAGCGUACAUCUGCACCAGGGCCAGAUCUCGGGGCUCGACACCUUGCGGCGAAAAGGUCAAGCUCGAAUGCAUAGCGACAGUGAUGGCGCCACCAUAGAGGCCAAGCUUGCGCUGGAGCAAGUCCGCCUCUGCUACGACUAUUCCGCUAAGAUGCUGUUCACCAGAAACAGGGGAGACGUCAGCGUGUGUAUCGGUGAGAUCGAGACCUUCAUCCGUGUUCACCAGAGCGCCGACCUCACCAAGUCGCCCGUCUUACAGGACUUCGUCAUCCACCAGUUACGGGGCCUGCGAGCCAACCUGACCGGCCUGGGUCCGCUCAGCUGGGUCAUCAACCGGCUCCAGAGGACACUCCUGCACACCUUCCGUAUGCACGUGCAGGACUUCCUGCAGGAGAAGGUGCACUCCCUGAUCCAGGAGGAGCUCAACAAGUUCAGCCUCGGUGACAUCACUAUGCUGGACAUCCUGGCAUGACGGCAGCCUCCGGGGGUCGCCUCGCAGGCAGCCGCGUCGCACGCCUGAAGAGGUCACCGCCGGAGGGCACCACUUUCCCGGGGAGAGCAGAACGGACCAAUGGGAGACGACGCUGUGCGCUCGGACACAAGCUCCCUAACAGAACUCGAAAGCGACGCAGUUGUGACGUGACCAACGCGAAAAGACAGAGCGGGCGAACCCAUUGUAAACCGCCGCGGAAUAUCGUCCGCCAAUCGGAGGACUGGGUUCACGUGACGUCACAUUGGCGCAUUGGUGGCAGACCCAGACUUUGCUACCCUCUCGAACAUGACCCGUGUUGAGGUGGCGCAAGAGGCGUGCGACGGUCGAGGGGGACCGGACCUUCGAGCUCGACGCGACCAUGUGACGCACCGUGACGAGGCACGUGACCUGUGAAGCGUGCAGGCGGUCUGGAGUGCCGAUUGAGGCUUCGCCAUAUCAUGCAGCGAUACGAUGACGACCGGAUGAGCGGGGGAGUUAUGCACUUCUGACAGCAUGUUAUGCUCAGUACUGCAAGCACCUCUAAUCGUGUUGCGAUUUCUGGAAACAAGCGGAAGAACAACGCCUUAGUACCUGCGGCUGCGUCGCUUUCUCACUACAAGUUAAUUCGCUGGGACUGUACGUUUGUUUCCAAAGCUGGAUAUCGUGUUCAGUGUAUAGGUGCAGGUCACGUUAUUUCACACAGCAUUCGUAUACAUAGAUGCUUCUUU